AUGGACAUUCAUGGAAGAAUAGUUCUAUGGUACCUCCCGGGCAUCCUCACUGAGGAGAGACAGUCUACAGCAUCUCAAGCAAAAUAUGGAAAGCAAACACCUCACGAAGCCCUCAAAGAGCUGGCAUCAAUCUUCCAAAUAUUACAAAAAUCCCAGGGACUAUCGGCUAUUCCCAUUUUCACCACAGAAAAGUGGAGAGGCUCCACAAGCUUUCCAGUCCUUGUGCAAUCUACACCGCCUGGCACCGGUGAACUGUGGUUGCAAUCCUUUGUGGAGACCAGGACCCUCAUGAGUGCAAUCUUGCAUGUAGCUCACCCUGCACUUUAUGAGUCAGCCGGGGAGGCGCUGGUACAAGUUGAGGACCAUAUGGAUGAUGUGAUGAUACUAAAGGCAUGGAGCUCAGUCUUCAAUGCACUUUCUAUCAUCAGUACACCGGGAUUGUCUCUCCAAAUCAGAGUGGUGCCUCAAGGCUUUGAUCAAAUUGCCCUUUUUGCCUCAAAUUUCGCACUUUUGGAGGUCAAGACUGUAGUGUUAGGACAGAGUAGCCGUGUUAGGAUAGCAAAUUGCCACUUCUUAGACUCACUGUGCUCUCUACGCCCCCGGAGUGCAAAUUAUGUGCCGUAUCGGAAAUCACAUCUAGACGCAGCUAUACACUACAGUCAACUUGACAUCCUUGUGGUUCUGGUCAAUGCCAAUUGGAACCAUUGGGCAGGCAUCCGCAUUGAUCUUAAACAGAAGUCAUCUGCAUACCGUGAUGGCCUUCAUUCAAGUGCAACAGCAUCUGUUGACGACCUUGACUUACUAUCUUGGUAUCUAGCUGCCAUUCAGCCAGACUGCAACCAUAGAUCAUACCCAUCAGGUUCAGCUAUCUGGAAGAUGCUGACACAGUAA